AUGUGCUCCUCAACGGGCUAUGCUUUUACUGUUUAUCGGGGAACAUUCAUUCAAUCAAAUCGGCUAGACUCGGACUCCAAACCUGAAUUGUCUCGCAACCGAGGUGCAUUAUGGGUCUCUACUUCUGAUGGCCGAAUUCAAGGUUGGGAUUGGCAAGCUAGUGAUGAGAAUGGGUUCGCUGGAUUGAUGAGUCGAAAUGGGUGGGUCGAUAUCGACGCCGUUAAGGCCCACGGCCAAGUAAUUGGUCAUGAUUCAAAAGUCGGAGUGAAGAUUGUUAUCGCCAAUGAGGAACAAAAUGAAUUCUUCUUCCCCGGUUUUAUUGACACCCACAUUCAUGCCCCUCAAUAUCCCAACGCCGGCCUCUUCGGCUCAUCGACACUUCUGGACUGGCUAGAGACCUACACAUUCCCAGUAGAGUCACGGUUCGGGUCAUCACCCGACCCAAAAACGGGGCAUCAAACCUCCGCCGACCCCGAAGACGCACCCCUUCUAGCCCAGCAAAUUUACGACCAAGUAAUCUCCCGCACUCUAUCCCACGGCACCACCUGCGCCUCCUACUAUGCAACAACCCAUGUUCCAGCCACAAACGCUCUGGCAUCACUCUGCCAUAUCCGUGGCCAACGUGCCUUUAUCGGCCGCGCAUGCAUGGACAACCCAGACUUCUGCGUAGACUACUAUCGCGAUUCCAGUGCCGAGGACUCCAUCGUUGCAACCCGUCAAACGAUCGACUACAUCCACACUCUGGACCCAGACGGCAAGCUAGUCAAGCCGAUCGUCACGCCGCGCUUCGCGCCCACAUGCACGAGGCCCGCACUACAGAGCCUCGGUGACUUGGCAGCAAGCUACUCACCCCCAUUGCAUAUCCAAACGCACAUCUCGGAGAAUAUUAACGAGCUCGCGCUUGUCAAAGAGCUCUUCCCUGAGGCGGACAGCUACGCCGCCGUCUAUGACAAGUACAACCUCCUCACACCGCGCACAAUUCUCGCGCAUGCGGUGCAUCUCACGCCAAACGAGCGGGCUUUAAUCCGUGCGCGCGACGCAAAGAUCUCGCACUGUCCGGCGUCGAACUCGGCGCUAGGGUCGGGCAUUUGUCCUGUUAGAGCGCUGCUUGAUGAAGGGAUAACGGUUGGCCUCGGCACGGAUGUCAGUGGUGGAUACAGCGCUAGUAUUCUUGAGGCGGUGCGGCAAGCUUGUCUAGCUUCGCGGUUGUUGAGUCAAUCGGCUGCAUGGCAGAGGGAUCAUCUUCCGGGUGCGGAUGAAGAUGGGUCGUCGGAUGGACGGGAGAAACUGUCUGUUGCAGAAAGUCUUUAUCUUGCUACACGUGGGGGAGCGGAGGUUGUUGACAUGGCGAAUGAGGUUGGUGGGUUUGAUAUGGGGAUGUUAUGGGACGUGCAGUUGAUCCGGCUUGGUGAAGUUAAGCUGGUGGAGAAGAGUCCGCUGGACGGUGUUUGUGAUAGCAGUGUAGAUCUUGUAAAGGGUGGUCCUGUGGGGAAUGUUGAUUUAUUCGGGACGGAGAGUUGGGAGGAGAAGAUUCAAAAGUGGGUUUGGAGUGGCGAUGAUCGGAAUGUGAAGGCUGUCUGGGUUGGGGGAAGGUUGGUCCAUUCAAGGGUUUGA